GGUCGGAGCUUAGAAACGCCCGUCUGAGUUUUUCUUCCGGGUUGUGGCCAUGGCGUGCUGACGAACAUGUGAGUUUGGAGAUCUACAAUCUGGCGACUGAAGACUUCAACCGACUCGCACCUGACUAUUAAUCAGAACAUGGAUUUUGUGGAAGAGGACUUCCCCAGAGGUGGGACCGACAAGCCGGCGACCGCGAGUAAAAUCGUGGUCCCGAGGGCUGAAGUGGAUAAUCUUUUCCAGCCAAAGGACGAACCAAAAACGAAAAAGAGGAAAGGUGCCAGCAAGGAUGAGGAGGCUAAAGUUAAAAAGAAAAAGGUUGACAAGGAGAAGGGGUCACUUGCUCUCAAUGCAGAAGAGAAGAAGAUACACAUCCUGCAUGCCAAGCAUCUGAAGGAGGGCAUGCUGAUGCUGGGCUGUGUGAAGGAAGUAGCAGACUUUGAAGUGACAGUGGGUUUGCCCUGCGGUCUGCAAGGAAUCCUCAACAUUAAGAACAUCUGUGACUCAUUCACAAAAACACUCACCGAACAACUGGAUUCAGACGACACAGAGGACAUUUGCUCUCUGUCUCAACUCUUCACCCCUGGCAUGCUGCUGAGGUGUGUCAUUGCUAAGAUGGAUGUUGCCUCCAAUGGAUUUAUCACGGUGCAGUUGUCAAUCAACCCCAAGUUAGUAAAUGCAGCUCUCACCUCAAGUUCCCUGAAAGCAGGAAUGGUGUUGAGCGGAUGUGUUGAGAGUAUUGAGGACCACGGCUUCAUUAUCGACAUUGGUGUCAGUGGAACUAAAGCUUUUGCCCCGAGAAAAAAAGUUACCACCCCUGAAGAGCUGAAGGUUGGCCAGUACGUGGUUUCACAAGUCAAACAAGUGAAGAAUGACGGACGUGUUGCUCAGCUUUCUAUCGGUCCUCUCACUCCUGAUCAAGCUGCUGCCAACACACAGCAGGAAUGGAGCCUCAGCAACCUUCUGCCUGGUCUUUUGGUCAAAGCUACUAUCAAGAAGGCCGCCAAACAUGGUCUGAUCCUGGAGUUCCUGUCCUCAUUUAGUGGUCAGGUGGACUUUCUUCACAUGGAGCAAGACCAAAUCUCCCAUUAUUCUGUGGGAGCAGAGGUGCAAGCCAGGCUGCUCUACAUUGAACCAUCCACUCGCCUCAUUGGUAUGAGUCUGCGCAGAUACCUGGUGGGGCUGGAGCCGUCCAUCGAGGCCUGGUCUGGGGCUGGUGACUGCAUUGGUGAGGUGGCCAAGGGCUGCAGCAUGACGUCAAUGCACCACCUGUCUGGAGCCUUGUUGGAACUCCCUGAUAAGAGAGUGGCUUUUGUUCACAGAAACCACCUGAAAGAACCGAGCGAGCGUGAAAAUGUGAAUAAACUGCUGGCGCUGGAAGAUCACACCUGCAGGAUCAUGUCCUUCAGUCCCAUGGAGCAAAUUCAUUUUGCUUCUCUGCGCAAGUCCGUGAUUGAACAGACCUUUUUUAGAUACCAAGAUGUCCAGGUUGGCCAGAUCAUAGAGGGCACUGUGACGACCUUGCUGCCACACGGGAUGAUGGUGCAAAUUUCCAGCCGCAUCAAGGGCCUCGUACCUCGCACCCACCUGUCCGACAUCCUCCUGAAGAAGCCGGAGAAAAAGUACAUGCCUGGAAUGGCUGUAAAGUGCCGGGUGUUGUCAGUGGAUCACGAGAACAAGAGGCUGUAUCUGACCAGAAAGAAGUCUCUGAUCGAAAGCACCCUCCCUCGCUUCCUCAGCUAUAGCGACGCACGGAAGGGUCUGGUGUCACAUGGCUUCAUCGUCAGCAUCAAAGACUUCGGCUGCAUCGUCCGCUUCUACAACGACGUGAAGGGUCUGGUGCCGACUGAGGAACUCUCCAGUGAGCCUUCCAUCAAUCCAGCAGAUGUCUUCUACGUCGGCCAGGUGAUGAAAACCAAAGUCCUUCAAUGCAAUGAGCAGAAGGCAAGGAUGCUCCUCUCCUUCAAGGCUGCACUGGAAGGAGCCGCUGAUGAACCCGCCCCAACACAGCUUGAGUGCGACGUCGGCAGUAUGCUGGAGGCCAAGGUCUUGAGAAAGACCCUGAAUGGUCUCGAGGUGGCGAUUCUUCCGGAGGAGGUGCAGGCCUUUCUUCCCACCACACACCUCUCUGAUCACGUCUCCAACUGCCUGCUGCUUUGGGAAAACCUGCAGGAAGGAGACGUUGUGUCCAACCUCACUUGUGUUUUCAACAACCAAAAAAGGAUUAAUCUCUCCAAGAAACCUUCCGUGGUCAGGUCGCUAGAGGAAGGACAGGCGGCUAAAGAUUUCUCCGAAAUCAAAAUCGGAAUGCAACUUGUUGGUUGGAUCAAGAACAUCAUGACCUAUGGGGUCUUCAUCGAGUUCCCAAAUGGGCUUUGUGGACUGGCACCCACUUCUGCCAUGACCGACAAGUUCUUGAAGGAAACGGCCAACACCUUCCAGAUAGGCCAGACAGUGAUGGCUAAAGUGACCAACCUGGACGAGGAGAAGAAGCGAUUCUUGCUCUCCCUGAGGAUUUCUGACAUCAUUGUUUCUCCGACCGACGCACACACAAGACUCAUCAACGGACUGAAGGAGAGAAGAGCUGCCGCUGAAAUGUUGUCGACGAGAGAUUCCAGCGGUCUGGUCCAGAAACUGGCUGCACUGACUGUGGGUCAGAGGUUGAAGCUGAGUGUCGAUUCUGUCUCGGAGGACGGGGGUGCCACAUUCAAGAGCGACGAUUUGGCCGGGGCCAAUAUUGUGGCCAACAAGAUCCACGUGGGUGGAAAUAUCAGUGUUGGGCAACAAGUGGCGGCUGUCGUGCUCUACGCUGACGUCUUCUCUGCUUGUGUGCACGUGUCUAUGCUGCCCAAGCUGAAUGCCAAGAAGACCACACUGGAUGUGGACACCUCAUACACGGCGAUAGUGCAGCAUGUUGUCGGCGACUUUGCCGUGGUCUCACUGGGAAACACCGCUCAGUUCACCAUGAUACAGACAAGGAACCACCUGAAUCAGAUCUUCAUGACAGAGGGGAUGAAGGGCGGGAUGGUUUUGGCUGCCGAGGUUGUUGAAGUCAGCUGUGAGGAAUUGCAAGGGCUCCCUCUAGUGUCUUGGAAGUACACCGAUCGAAAACAGCGCACAGAAUCCCAGAGCGAAGACAAAGGUCAGCACCGCUUCGGCGACAUCCUUCAGGGCAAAGUGCGGACUGUGAAGCCCACCCGUGUGGUGGUCUCGCUCGAGGACGGCAGCUCGGCCAACAUUCACGUGUCUGAAAUGAUGGAGGCCGAAAGUCUGACCGUCAGGUCCUUUCCUACGUCUACUGUUGUCGUGGGAAGCAUGGUCACAGCCAGAGUCAUCGGAGGGCGGGAAGCUGUCAGUCACAGGUUCCUGCCCUUCUCUCAUCCAAGGUUCUCCUACAAAGUUCCCGAGCUCACCAUCGUACCAAGCAAACUCAAUCCGAAGGUGCCACUGAGCCAGAACAACGCAAAAGAUCUUUUGAGCAGCUACGCGGUCGGGGAUGAAAUCACAUGCUUUGUAUCAAAGUUUAUACCAAAGCCCAAGAUACUGGAGGUCACAAUUGGUCUUUCUCUCACUGGAACAGUUGAACUGCUCGCCAUGAUCAAAGACCCAAAGGACUACAACCAUCCAGACAAGCUCUACAAGCCCGGCCAAGUGAUCCGAGCCAAAAUAGUGGCAAAUGGUGUGAAACCACAGCUGUCAUUAAUAGAUUAUCACGAACUUAAGAAAGACACUGUCACACUGGGCAUUGUGACCAGCAUUCACCCUCACACCGGCGUCCAUGUCAAGCUUCCGUUCGGUGGCUCCGGGGCUGCUUCUAUCACUGACCUGGCAGACGCGUACAAGCCCAAACUGCUGGAAACUUUCAAGAAGGAGCAGCUGGUCAGGUGUUACCUGCUGUCUCAGGAAAAUGGAAAGUGGCGCUUGUCUCUCCGUCCGUCAAGAGUGGUCCCGGAGACAGCCAAGCCAGCGAAGGACCCAGAGGUUAAGUCCUUAGAAGACAUCAGCGUGGGACAGGUGGUCAGAGGUUACAUCAAGUCUGUUGGUGAUAAAGGAGUCUUUGUGAUGUUGUCAGGCACCAUCACAGGAAGAGCUCAGUUCCAGAUGACCACCAAGUACUACAUCAAAGACCCCAAGGUUCUCGCUGAGCACCUGCCUCUGAAUGCUUUGCUCACCACCAAAAUCAUCAGCGUUGACAGGGAACAGAAGCUGGUGGACCUCUCCUUGCUCUCCGAGGACACAGGGAAACCUGACGUCCUUCCAGAGUCGCUUGGUCUGAGCUUGCGUCUGGUCGGUGCAGAGAAAUUAAGGCACGACGCUAUCAUUAAAAAGAAGCGAGGCAUUUCUGCAACUGAGGAGCAGGUCCCCAAGAAGAAAAAGAAGACGAAGAAUGAGGACAGUGACAGUGGAGUGGAGGUCUACUUCAGGGAGGAGGAAGAUGGAGGCGAUAAAAAACCAGCAAAGCCUGCAGCAAAAGAGCAGAAGGCGGCCAGUUCCGCAGCUCCAUCCAGAUUGCAGGUAGCAGCAGGUUUCUGCUGGGAUGUGGGUCUCACCUCACUGAAGCCUGCUUCAGAUGUGAAAGAUGAAGAUUCUAGUGAUGAAGAGGACCAGGAGGACAGCAGCAAGCCCCAGAAGAAGACUCGGCAUGAGCUGGAGAAGGAAAAGAAGGCUGCGGAGAAGGCCCUUGUGCAGCGUGAGACGGAGCUCAUGGACCCCAACCUGAGGCCGCAGGACGCCGCAGCGUUUGAGCGCUUGCUGUUGGCGUCGCCCAACAGCUCGCUGCUGUGGCUCCAGUACAUGGCUCAUCAUCUCCAGGCCACGCAGAUCGAGCAGGCCAGGGCAGUGGCCGAGAGGGCUCUCAAAACCAUCUCCUUCAGGGAAGAGCAGGAGAAGCUGAACGUGUGGGUGGCGCUGAUGAACCUUGAGAACAUGUACGGCACAGAGGAGAGUCUGAAGAAAGUGUUUGACCGGGCGCUGCAGUUCUGUGAGCCCAUGCCUGUUCACCAGCAACUGGCUGACAUCUAUGCCAAGUCAGACAAGGUCAAGGAAGCGGAGGCCAUGUACAAGUCUAUGGUGAAGCGUUUCCGACAGGAUAAAGCUGCGUGGUUGAACUACGGAACCUUCCUGCUGCAGCGAGGCGAGAGCGAUGCGGCUGCUGGUCUCCUGCAGAGGGCGCUGAAGAGUCUGCCCACGAAACAAAGCGUGGAUGUCAUCGCCAAGUUCGCCCAGCUGGAGUUCCGUUACGGAGACACGGAGCGAGGACGAGCCAUGUUUGAUAAAGUGAUGACAAGCUACCCGAAACGAACGGACCUGUGGUCAGUCUUCAUCGACCUCAUGAUUAAACAUGGAUCCCAGAAAGACAUUCGGGCGCUGUUUGACCGUGUGAUCCAUCUGAGUGUGUCGGUGAAGAAGAUCAAGUUCUUCUUCAAACGGUACCUGGAGUACGAGAAGAAGCACGGCACGCCUCAGAGCGUCCAGGCCGUGAAGGAAAAGGCGGUGGCUUUCGUUGAAGCCAAAGGGACCGAAGCUGCCAACUGAAAAUGGAUAGAACUGCACAACUAUUUCCUGAUGUGUUUUUUUUAAAAACAUUUGUACUGAGUGUUUAUUGCCUGUGUUUUUCAAUGGUAAAAUCGUUUGAGUCUUAUGAAUGAUGCGUCUGGCUCAGAAUAA